GACAAACGAAAAGGUCAACAACCAGUCAAGUUGUUGUGGAUAACCUUGUCAAGGCGGAUAAGAUCUCACGAUGUCAUUGCUGCUUCGCACGGUUGGCAGGCAGUGCCUGUUAAGGUACCAAUCACCUCUCAUCAGAAGAAUAAUGCCAAUGUCAUCAUCAGCUUACAAUGACAUGAAGGAUUUCUGGGAGAAAAACAACCGCCUGCAGAGACCAUUAUCCCCCCAUCUAUCCAUAUAUAAGCCACAAUUGACUUCCAUGCUGUCACUUGCCCAUCGUGCUACAGGCAUUGCAAUGGCUAUAAGUGUGUCAGCAGCCUCAAUCGCCUUGCUGGCUAUACCAGGUGACUUCACCCACUGCAUUCAGGUGAUCAAGGACCUUCAGCUUCACCCCUAUAUUCUGUACUCCGCCAAGUCCAUCAUGGCCUGGCCCCUAGUCUACCAUUACAUCAAUGGUAUUAGGCAUCUGAGCUGGGAUGCUGGUAAAGGAUUCAGCAUGAAUGCCACCUACAAAUCCGGCUAUUUUGUUCUCCUGCUCUCCUUCAUUGUCACAGAUGUGUUUGUGUUUGCCUGGCCACUCUGGUAAAACUCAAGAACCAAUAGUUGAGGAAGAAGCAUAAAUCACUGGCUUAAUGGAAGCAGAAUAGAUGCAGUUAAUGCCCUUGACUCGCCCUCUGCUCUGGAGGAGAAUUUACGCUCUGUCUGUUAAAUGUGAAAGCAAGUUGACUUGAUACACAGCUUCGGAAGAGUGUGGAAACUUUUGGGGGAAUUGUAAACAUUAGCAUGUUUAGUUAUAAAAGAUUUAUAUUUAAUAUAUUCCUCUGUGUUAAGGCUUUAGAUCAUGAUAUACAUAAACAGACACCCUGUAAACCACAGUUGGAUUCCUGGGGCCAUGUUAACGAAACCUUCAUGGUUUGUAUAAGAUCCAUGACAGCACAUAGUGAAGACAUGUCACCAUGGUAAAUGCUUUUGAUGCAAUGUCAUGAUUGCUGUGAAAAGUGGCCUUCUGACAAGCUGGCAAGAUGUUGGUUUGAGCAAAACAAUUGGACCUGUGCUCUGAACCAGAGCCUGUCAGGUAUAUGUACAAGCAUAUGAGAUGUGAACACAACUGGUAGGCCUUUAGGCAUAUUUGAUAGACUCUAGCUCUGGGCCUGGUCAGAACAUGUCCCCUCAAGCUGGCAACUUCCCCACCAUUUUCCAGUGUUGAUGUUUUUUUUACAUAUCUUGAAAUAUAAUUCUACCUGAACCUUUCAAAUUCAUGUCUGAGGACUUCUUCAGUAGUUAAAAGCUUGUAUGUAUAUAAAACUGAGACUCUAAAUACAAGGUUUUGUUUACAAGAUAUUUUUCAAUAUUGAUAGAGAGGGCAGAAAAAAUUUUCCUCAGUUUUCCCCUUUCAGAAGAACACAUGUUCAUGGUGAAUAAAAUAAACACUU